ACAGAUGGAGCAAGCUUGUAAAACCAGAGGCAAAUCUCACGGUUUUUCAUAAAGCAUACACGAAAACAGAUUAACUGCUGAAGCUUGUUGCAAAUUGAAAAGCUGAGUGAAGCAACAAAAUAUUGCAAUGCUGCAUGCAAGUUGCGCAAAUCAAAGACUGUGACCUCCGCUGCCCUCGUACUUCUUGAAAGAUCAUUGAGUAGAGCGGGGUCUAAAAAUGAACUAGAGAUGCUGGAAGUCACCACUGCACUUUGGAAACCUUUGAGACACUGAUUCUUCGGAGUAAAUACAUUUGAGUGGAGUCUCCAUCAAUGGCCUCUUUGCUGACUAGCUCGAAGGGAACACCAGUGUCUCCCUCACACGGCAAGGACCUGUUCCUAGGAACUGUUGCUGCUGCCUCUGCUUUCCUGGUCAUGGCUCUCAUUGUACUGCUGUGUGUAGGAUGCAAGAAGAAAGGGAAGACAAGGAAGGUCCAGAUUGAUGGGGUGAAACUGGUGGAAAUGUCUUUGCUCAGACAGACACAACUCCGGUCUAUCAGCAAAUCUGAUACAAGACUUCAUGAGAUGAAGAAGAUACCAUGCAAUGGGAAAAAGGGUACCAGAAACCGACCGGUCAGCAUGGACCUGCUCCAUCUCCCGAGUCGUCGAUCUGACUGGGAUUUAAGAUGUCCGCAGAACAGGCAGCUCCCCACACUCCCGCUGAGCCCUGGCGAAGACAAAGACCACACAUAUUCAGAGGUGGGGAGGCGCUCUUCUCAACCCCGCGGCCCUGAAGACGCCCUUUAUGAGAGUGUGGGGGGCAGGGAUGAGACUGGAGCAGCCGCCGCCGCCUCUGCUGUGCUGCCCAAGCAUUUUAAGCAGCCUCCCCAGUGCCAUGGGAACGGCAGCGUGGAGCUCUCUCCCAGCCAGGAGCCCUGCAGGCAGGCUGAGAACUCUGUGACCGCAGAGUAUGCCUGUGUGCGGAAAGUCAGGAAGGCCGAUAAGGCCCAGCAGCAGCAGCAGCUUCAGAACAAUCCCAAGCCAGCAGAGCAGGAAACCCGCUACUCAAACCCAGAGAUGCUCCCUGGUCAACGCAAACAUGAUCCCCCAAGGAUAAACGACGUGGACGCUUUCUAUUCACAUUCCUUCCCAAAGGACUCUGGCUUUGUUGGCAAUGGGGAGCAGUAUAUCUGGAAGCCCCCGGAAGAUGGUGAUGGAUCAACCCUCUACCCAGGAAAUUCAGGGGUGCAGAACUUCUCCCCUGGGGGCCUAACCCCGGGACCUGCCAAUGCGGAUGAGAUAUCAGAUAUGUACUCGAAAGUGUGCAAACCAUUCAAGAAGAGACCUCCCGCCUCCCCUCCAGUCCCAUUCAAUCAGGGAGCCCAGGAGAACAAUCCGCCCCAGAACCAGGGCUGGUCAGCAGAACCACAGGAGGGCACUGGGCAUGACGCCGACAGAGCCCAAGCGUGGGUCGGAGGAGCCCAGGCAAUGAAACCCAAUGAGGAACCCAGCUACGAAGCCAUCGGCGAGAAGGCCUGGGUCAGGAAUGAGGAGAUUGACCCAGCGUACGAGUCCAUCGAUGCCAACUGGAAGAGAGAAAAGCCCACCGGCCCCCCGGCAGGCAAGAAGAUAAAGAACAGGGUGCCGCUGAGACCCUGCUCCGACGAGAACUUGUACGAAAACAUCAGUGACCUGAAACAAGGAGCCACAACAAGCACCACAACCGUCUUCAUGUUUAACGACGGCAUCGAGAUGUACGUGACGGGACUAUAGUGACCCACCAAAAAAAACAAAAUGAUAAUCAUCAACUCUCAACACUUGUGUAUCAUUCUCGUACUUCACUUUGUUAAUCACACUCAACAAAUCUAUUGUGAUGCACAGCCGAGCAAUGAAAGUAAAGUUCCUCACCUGCAUUUACUUGUUGUCAUACCAGUGAAGAGACACAUUAAUAAUGUAAUCAACAGCGGUGGUUUACAUUGGAUUUAGAUUCAUUCUAUCAAAGUUGGGUAAGGGUUGGCUAAUGAGUGGGAUCUGUUUUUGAGUACAUUUAGGUCACAUUGUUAAACUUUAGAUACUUUGAGAAGGAAGUGCAUUGUAAUAACUGCAUGUUAGGUAUGUAUGCAUUUCACUACACUUUGACUGGUUUGACAAGGUUUCUUAACUUGAAGUUGUAAAAUUCACUCAAAACUGCCCUUACUGGUUAGUCAGCCCCUGCAGAUAGCACUGAUGUACCCGUAGUCUGACUGUGAAGUGUUUGCAUGACAGGGGUUAUCCUUCCUAGGUCAGGAUGCAGUUCCAGGAACCUCUGCCACACAUUGUGGGUAGCCUGUGGAUGGAGGGAAGAUUCCAAAGACAAAAGCGUAAUGAUUAUGUGGAGGACAAAAUUACGAGCAUGAGUGUUUUUUUGGAGACUGGCCCUCCUUGGUCAGUACCCAAAAAUCUGUUUUAUUUCCAUUAUUAGCAAACAAAAUAUUUUUUUCUAUUUGGCCUAUGAAAAGGUACCAUCAGAAGCAAACCUACAAAAAAAAAAAAAGCUCAGGGAAAGAAUAAAAAACGCUGUACAAGGAAGAACUGAUAUCAGGAUUAGUUAUGCUUGAAAGACGCUGUAUUUUGCAAUGUACUUUUUUUGUCCCUUUAGUCAAGGUUACAAAGCACUGUAUUUUCUAUAAGCACUGUUUUUACAAACAAGUAAGUAAAAAAUAAUAAUUUACACAACAGGCUGAGGCACUGCCAUGCUUAGGUGUAUUGUAUUUUUGGUACCACUCUUAAUGCCAGUUGCUUGCUUAAGCAUGCUGCAUGCACAUACAGUACUGUAUUAUCAUACCACUUGAUACAAGUGAAGUAUUAGAUUGCAAUUUCAAGAAUACUGUACUAGGCUAGAUGUAGGCACAUUUCAGAGUUCUCUCUUCCUCCAGUCCACCUUGGUGUUUCAUAUCACCAGUCACUUUUAUUUUGUAGUUCUUUUUUUAUUAUUAUUCGUGAUCACUACAGACAUUGGCUGGGUUUCAACCACAGACCAAGAGGUGAAAGGCCCUCCCAGCCCUUAAUGUGCUAUAAACACAGACAACAGUCACCAUAGAAAACACAAGAAGAUUCUGUUUGUCCAAAGCCACACUUGCACAAUGCAGCAUGACACCUCCCUUGAUGCUAUGAUCUGUGUCUUCUUGGAACCCAGAUUGCCAAAUCAACUCUUUGAUUGCCUAAUGGUUAAGUUUUUGGGUAUUUCUGAAAUGCAGUACUCUCUAAAUCACUAGUUCAUGAGUUGUUGGAUUGCAGUAGGAAUUCUACAGUUCUGGGAGAGGAGGGGGGAGGGACUGUAUUUAGAUUGACUGCUGUUUAGAUUAUUGAGUUAUACUUUUGUAAUGAUUUUGUGUAUAAAGUAUUCUGUAUUUCUUUGAGUAGAUGAUGACAUUUUCGUUUAAGCUUUCACUUUCUAGGCAAAAAGGCAAUGUAUGUGUUUUGCUGAAAGUUGGCGCUAUGUAAAUCCUGGACAAGAAUUGUGUUCAAAUUCUGUUAAAUGUUUUACUUAUUUUUCUUUAUGGCAAAGCAAAGUUUAAAUCUAUUGAAAUAAAUGAGGCAGCUCUGUUCGUCUGUUACAUGUAAAAAUAAGUGAAAUUAAGUGCUUAUGUGCAAAAGAUUAUGUUCUUUUUAUAUUGUAAAAUAAUUAUUUUAAAAAAUAUGGAUGCAGUUUAUACUUUUGUAAUAAAGUAGCACCUUAAAACUGUGAAUAUACCAGAUGUAAAAUGUGUACUUGACUAUCUGAUGUUGUACAAGUAAAUACACUGGGAGGUGGUUAGCUGAAAAUCAAGCCCUUAGUUUGGUUGUAAGUUUUCCCUUGAAAUUCAUCAAGUUUUUAAAUGUAUAAAACAACUAGACUUUAGAUAGGAAUCUAUGUCAUACAGACAAGUAUUUUUUAGCUGUACAUUCACUUUAGUAAAAACAUAAGGUCCAAUUAUAAAGUUUAAACGCAUGA